AUGCCCACCGCCGUCGUCGCUGCACCACUCGUCACGCCCUACCACGCCCCACCAGUCAAGGCCACCCCGCCUGCUAGACCACUCGACGUGCUCGUGUCCUCUGACGGCGUGUCCUUUCCCAUUGACAGACAGGUGCUGUCGUCGCAGAGCUCUGUCCUCCGCGACCUGCUCGCCGCCGCGGCGCAGACCACGGGCCGUAGUCGUCUCGCGCUCCCCGAGCCCGCCGACGUCCUCGCGCCGUUCCUCGACGUGCUCCUGCACGACGCCGACCCGUUCGCCGACCUGUCCGACGUGCUCACGAGCCUGCCCACAAUCCGCCUCAUGAGCAAGUACGACACGUCGCAGCGCCUCACGUACGCCGUGACGACGCUCAAGUGCCACGUCAUGGAGGGCGAUGUGUGCCCCCUGCAGGUGUUCAUUGUCGGCGCGGCGCUCGGCGAGGCCGGGCUCGACCUGUGCCGCACCGCCAUCGUGCACGGCGACGUGCCCACCGCCCACCCGUCCGCCCAGGCGCUCGUCGCGCCCUACUGGGACUCGGUGGACGCCGACUACAAGAUCGCGCUCACCACCAGCUGGGCCGUGUCGGACGACCCCAAGGAGCGCGGCAACAAGUUCAUCCAGAUCAUGAGCCACUUGGCGUAG